GGUGGUUUUCUUCUUUUCAGUUUGGUUGAGUUGAUUGACUUUGUACAGUACUUCUUUCUUCAGUAUGGCAGACAUGCAGAACUCAUCUUCAGUGCCAGCGUGGGAUGGCUCGGCGAGGACAUGGCGUCGCUACACGAGAGAAGUGGAUCGGCCCGUCUCCUGGCCAUGAGUUGGCCCCGGACUGACUUCGACAGUCCGAAUGGACUAUCUCAAGAAGAUCGUGAUUAUGGCCUUCCUCCAAUCCCCGAUGAUGAAGACUACGAGGGUUCCUGGGGUUGGGGCUGGGGAGAUACCAUGUGGGAUGCACCUGAUGAACGACCAGAAGAACCUGAUGCCGAUGCAGGUGUAACCGAGGUUCCCGAGACCCCGGCUCCUCCAGGUGCGACAGGAUCAUCCCCAAGCCACCGUGCCGAAGUGACCUCGCAAGCAGGCUCUGCGACGAGACAGAGUCGAACACCUGAGGUUCCGAAGGCCGUGGACGAGCUCUCCAUGGCGGACUCUUUCAUCCUGGAAGUUCUUCGAGGCUGGCGUUUGAUGCAAGCCUCGGGGCUAAAUGCUGAAGAACGGCGUGACAUCCUCGCCAGCACCAAGAACAGCAUGGAGUACAGCGUCAUAGCCGCUGCCCUUCAGAACUUGUGGGAUGAUCAGUUGUUUGGUCGUGGCUAUCAUGCUCAUGUGCCUCACCACCAGGCCUACUACAUGGACCCCAUGGACAACCACGAGGCCGAGUACGCGCUCUACCAGGAGAACGAGGACCCCUGGUGGAAUGAUGCAGAUGGCUGGUGGUACGAGGGCAACUACAUGGACGACCACGGUCACUAUGGCGAGGACGAUUGGUGGAACAGCGAGUGGCCUGCGUACGAGGCCCAGGCUCUUCCAGAGGCUGAAGAUCCUGGCCACAAGGAGAAGUUGCAAGAGGCCCAACAGGCCGAACAAGUGGCUGAAAGUUUGGCUGCCGAAGCAACCCGGACAUGGGCAGAGGCCCAGCGGGCGACGCAAGCUCUUCGUCGAGACCGGGGCUUUGGAGCCGUUAUGCACAAGGGCAAGGGAUCUGGAAAGUGCUUCAACUGCGGAGGCAACCACUUCGCAAGAGACUGCCCGCAACCUCGUUUCUCGGGCUUUGGCCAAGGCAAGAACCGCGCGUUUGCAGCUGAGACCGAGGACUACUGGGCCUACUUCAGCGGCAAGGGCAAGGGCAAGUUCCGUCCGAAGGGAAAGAAGGGACCAUGGAUGCAAGCGCAUGCUGUCUGGAACAAGGGCAAGUCCAAGGGCAAGCCGAAGGGAAAAGAUGUGGGGCGAUCUGUGAACGCCUACUCCUCCGACAUGUUCCUGGGUGGUUUGGAGUUCAGUGGACUUGAGGCUGCGGCUACUCAGACGUCGACGGCCAUGGCCCCCUCGAGCGAUAGUGAGGCCCACCAAGGCAUGAUUGAUUCAGGGGCGACAGCGUCGGCAGCACCUGAGGCCGUAGUGAAGGGCUUGAUUAGCUCCAUUCUCACUCAGGACAAGGGAGCCAAGAUUGAGUUUGACCAGUCUGCGCGGCCAUACUUUCGGUUUGGGAAUGGGCGAUGGGGCCGGGCACUGUGCCGAGUACAUCUAAGCAGUGUUGUGUCUGGCCAGUUGCGAAGCUUUUCUCUUUACGUUCUCCCCAACCCUGAUGAGUACUUCAAAAGUGGCUUUGACAAGUCGUCGUUGGUUCCAGUGUUGGUUGGUAUGGAUUGUCUUGGCAAGAAUGGCAUUGGGAUCUUGAUAGACUUUGCCACGGGUCUUGCUAUGAAUACCCACGAAGAUAAUCCCGAGAUCUACAAGCUACAUGUCAACAAGAAGGGCCACUACACCUUUGACAUUGUUCAUCAUCUAACCCAAGGACAUUCGUCACAUGAAGGUCAAGCUCAUGUGGUUGUGCGCGACAGCAGGGAUGAAUGCAGGAGUCUACAAGAACAUCAGUUUCUGGAGCUAGGCGCAGUGUGGUUUGACAUGACAGUCUGUGAUGCUGAGUUGGAUGAGCGUGAUCUCGAGGCUGCCAGGUGUAGGAUGAGACGGCUGUACAAUGCAUCCCGUGCCUCCUCGGCUUCAGCCUCUCAAGCACUGAUGAUUGGACCAGGUUCGCCUGUAGCAACCCCGACUCCUUCCUCUUCGCGUUCUCUCGGAGAUGUCGCUUUCUCAGCAGACGCCCGAGCAGGUGAUCGUGGACCACAUCCGUGCGAAAACCAAGCCGAAAGCCAAGGCUGCCCCGCUGGAUCCCAGCAGGAGCGUCUCGGCAGAUCUUCGAGAUCCAAGAACCAAGGCCUCUCAGUGGCCAUGCAACAAUGCUCACAUCCCGGGACGACCUCAAGCCAACGCCCAUGGCCAAUGGACCCACUGCGCAGUCUGCAACCUCCGUCUGGAGUACGUGCCGCGGCUUGGGAGCCACGGCCAGACUACGAAGAUGGACAAUCCAAGCAUGACCCUACGGAUGCUUCAACAGCUACAGGGUCUGAUGGGAAACUGCAAGCCAACAGCGGCCAUCUGUUUGGCUAUGCAGCGAAAGAUCGAUGCGGAGGAGCAGCUCAACACGUUGAUUCGGGAGCGGAUGUCCGAGCCCCAGAUGGUGGAGACUGUGACGCAGGUCGCGACGGCUACCCCUACAACGAGCGCUACGACACCUCCGAUGGCGAAUCCAACAAGUCCCGGACAGACAUCCUCCACAACAAGCUGGCAGGUGACGGAGAAUCCCAACACCCUGGACGACGGCUACUGAAGGAGGAGGACAACAACAAGGCUAAGAAUGCUCACGGCACGACCCUUCCCGUCUUCAUGGGUAAAAAGUUGAUGGCGCUGACCGGCCUCUACGCUGCUAUGUUCUCCCAGCUGUUGAUCAAUCUUCACUUGAGUGACUGCGAUGGCUUGUGGGAGAUCUCUUCCGCACCACAUGGUCGGCUAAGUGCUGUUGCCGAGCAACAAGGACUACAACCUCGGCGCAUCAACUACCAAAAUGGUUACAAUCUCUAUAAGUCCAGUACUUGGGUACUUCUACGAGAUCUACAGCAACAACGCCGUCCACGACGACUGUGGAUUUCGCUGCCCUACACCCGUUGGUGUCCUUGGCACACAAUGCCCCAACAAGAUGCCGGACGACAAGAACAAUGGGAAACGGACCGACGCCGGGAGCGACGUCUACUAUGGGAAGUGGCCAACUUCGUGUUGCACGUGGUUUCGGUCGACCCCUCCGUGAUGAUCUACUUCGAAUGGCCCAUGGCGUGUUCAGGAUGGCAACAACAACCCAUGUUGUAUCUCAAGGAGGAACUUGGCAAGCAAGGUGUUCCAUGGCUACCAUGUCGGGUCGACGGAUGUCGAUACGAUCUCAGAGAUGUGGAGACGGAGGAUUUCAUUCAGAAGAAGUGGCUCAUCAAGACCUCCGACGAGAAGUUCCAUCAGCAGUUCCGCACUAAAGUAUGCCCUGGCAACCAUCGACAUGCACCCGACCGACAACGAGAAUCCUUUGUCGAGACCUACUACCCUGAGAAGCUGGUGCAAUCAAUCACCCAUCACUGGCGUGAACAAAUGUGUCCAACUCGUCAUCUACGUUAUCUUCGACAGGGAGAUGAGUCAAUGGCAAGCGCUGGAACUCUGGAGUCUAGCGAGGCGACAGAAGGUUGGAAUCUACAGGCAGUAGAACAGCCUCACGAGGAACUACCAGAUGAGAUGGAGUUGUCAAUGAGUCAACCAGCCGUCAUCGAGAUCAACAACUAUGCUCGAGAACUCAGUGCUCGACGAAAGUUUUCCUUUGAUGAUUGCGAGAAGCUGUUGUACUUCAUCUACAACUACAGCGGUGUCAAUUAUCAACAGCAACAUCUACGAUGGGCAACGACGCCAGCUCAACGUCUUCAACUCGGUCUGUACUCCUUUGGUGCUUUCGGAGGCAUCACGAAUCAGACUCAAGAGUUUGCGGAUGUCGCUGUGUACCUCAACAAGUUCAUACAACAUCAUUUACCACAACACUCUUGGACGAGUAUGAUGGUCAAUUUCAACGGACGUGCGCGACCCCACAAGGACCACCACAACGUCAAGGGAACAUCGAACAUACUUGCCGGCUUUGGCCAGUAUCAAGGCGGUGGAUUGUGGCUUCAAGGUUCUCCCACUGAUGGCCAAGAAGAACGGAGGCGCCAAAUGGCGAAUGGAAGCUACGAACAGGGCUACGUGGAGCCGACUUUUCAUCGGUUCGUGGUCUUUGAUCCCGGACAAGUUCAUGCUGCUCAACGAUGGCAAGGACUGCGGAUUGCCAUUUCAGCCUACUCUUCGAGAAUGGUGAUGAACAGCAACCCAGAAGAAAUGCGUGCUCUACGCCAGUAUGGCUUUCCAGUCGGGAGUUCCCAGACUCCAUCGAUUCUGUCUGCUGCAGAACAAACCACAUCUACCACCACGGGUCUGAAAAACAGGAUAGUAGAUCUUGAUUCCCAGACUCCGUCGAUUCUUGCUGCAGAACAGACCACAUCUACCACCACGGGUCCUUUUUUAGAAACAGGCGAUGCUUCAAGUUCGCAGUUACCAGAGGGGGUAUCACAAGAUGAGGUACAGAAGUGGACAGUUCAGGUCGCGAAGUUUCACCGUGCUGCUGGUCAUCCGUCCAACAGAAAUCUAGCCAGAAUCAUCAAGGACGCAGGUCAUCCAGAAUGGAAGAUUGAAGUUGCCCGGCAGUUCUCGUGCCCUACGUGUCAAAGCGUGAAACCAGGAGGAACCAGCUCUGGCAAAAUCCCACCAGCGAGUACACAUGCGCAGUAUGGAGCGUGGGAAGCAGUGGCAGUGGACUCAGGCGAAUGGGUCCCACCAGGACGCAAGAUCAAGGUGAAGUUUCUGUUGUUCAUGGACGUGGCCACCAAACUACGUGUGGUAUGUCCAGUUCACGUGUACGACUUCCUGGAAAUGAAGGCCGAGUCCAGUCAAGACUUCAUGGUCCACUUCACAGAAAGAUGGCUUGGAAACUAUCCCAAACCUAAGGUGGUUUUGAUGGAUUCAGCUAAGAGCUUCAUCUCUGAGGCCACGCAGAACUACAUGUCAGACCUCAACAUCCUGGUGCACUUCAUUGCCGAGAAGGAGUCUUGGGCCCACGGUGUGGUGGAAGCUGCAGUACAAGACCUGAAGAUGACAGCUUCGGCCAUCUACCAAGACAUCCGUGACCUACAACCACCCAUUGCGCUACAGCUGGCCACCGCCGCCCUCAAUUCUACCGAGUUCACUGCUGGAUUCUCUGCCUUUCAAUGGGCAUUUGGAAGACAGUACUCCCUGACCGAUGAGGACGUUCGGACCUUUGCCAAUAGCGACCACCAGAACGAGUUCACCCGUCUGAUGACAUUGCGACAAGAUGCGGAAGCAGUUGCCUGCCGAACACGGGCACAACGAGUUCUCACUCGCCUUCACAAUUCGACGGUGCGUCAACCCUUGCGGGAGUUUGAUCCAUUGACACUGGUGAAGGUGUGGCGAAAGGAGGAGAAGUUUGUCUAUGAAACCUCCAGUGGUGAGGAUCCUAUGACAUGGAGGACUCUUGCGGACAUUCUACCCAAGCGCGAGUACUACGAUCUGGUGGAUCAGGAACCACAACAACAUGAGCGAGAACUUCCUGACCUACCGGAAGUUCCGGAUGAGACCACCCGUGUGGCACCUCAACGGCGAGUACGAGCAAAGAUGAAUCCUCAACUGCUGGAGCCCGUUCCAGAGGAGGGAACCCACGCUACGUCAGCAACGUCCUCGUCAGAACCUCCUCGACAACCACCCGAGGUCAACGACUACGACCAGCCACAACUCAAGAAAGCCAAGGCCGAAGAACCUUCAUGGGUUGAAGAGCUCUACAUGGAGGCGAACAUGGAGGAGCAGUCCAUGGAUAUCUUUGGUGCCAUGACGGAGGUGAAUGAGUUCCUCAAGAUCGAGAUUGACCUUCCGCACAUGACUUCCAACCGACAGAAAAAGAUGUUCGAACGGAACCCAGUGGCGUAUCUCGUCAAGAAGAUGAAGGACUCUGAAGUGGUCCUGAGCCGGUUAUCUCCGGAAGACCGGAAACUCUUUACGCGAGCCAAGGCCAAGGAGGUGGAAUCGUUCCUGCGCAACGAAGCGGUGAGGAAGUGCCUUGAUGAUACAGAGGUGAAGCGUGCCUACGAAUCUGGGAGAAUCGUGAAAGCUCGUUGGGUUCUAACCUGGAAACUUGUGCCACCUGAAGAUCAAGAAGAAGCCCAACGUGAUCAUCAAAGCAACGAGAACACCAUGCAUACCAAGGAUGGACUUCGUAAUGCAAAGGCACGGAUUGUUCUCCUUGGUUUUCAGCACCCAAACCUACUUGACCCAGCCUUCAAGACAUCCAGUCCUGUACAAUCUACGCUUGGCCGGAACCUCCUCUACCAGAUGUCUGCCCAGCACCAAUGGCCGUUGGAGGGACUAGACUUAGCAACAGCCUUCCUUCAGACGCAACCCACAGAAGCUGAUCAAGAGCUAUGGACCACAGGUGUGGAAGAACUACGGCAAGCGGUUGGCGUAGGAGCAGAAGAAAUCAUGAGGAUCCUCCGGAACAUCUAUGGAUCCACUACAGCUCCUCGAGGAUUAUGGCUUGAUCUCCAUAAAACCUUGACUCGACUGGGAGCCCAACCAGUCUUGGGCGAACGAUGUCUGUGGAUCUGGUUGACUAAGAUCGAGGAAAACUACAUCGACGGCAAACCUCAAACUAUUGGCGCAAUGGGAGGCCAUGUUGACGAUUUCCAUCGACUUGGAAAUGGAUCACCAGAGUGGUUGGAAGUGAAAGCAAAGAUCGAUGCAGCCUACAAGUGGGGAAUGACCAAACAAGGCAGCUAUCGACAUGCUGGUACGGAUGUGUCUACGGUUACGGAUGAAAAUGGCUAUCAGAAGAUCCUCGUCGAUCAACAGUACUACGUGGAUGGUCUCACCGAUGUUGAGAUUGACGCUGAUCGACUACGUUCGGAGCAAGCCCUCGGAACCAAAGACAUUGAAGCGUGUCGCACUGCACUUGGAGGCCUACAAUGGUUGGCAGUGCAGUCUCAGCCCCAGCUUUGUGCACGAUGCAAUCUACUGUUAACUGAAGUGGUUACCAGUGGAACAAUGGCAACGGCACGAGAGAUUCAACAGAUGAUUGGAGAAGUUCGCCGUGAAUGCUUCAAGCUGGAGUUUAAGAAGUUCCUGGACGUGCAGACGUGGGAUGAGAUGGUUUUCAUUUCCAUGGGUGAUCAGGCUCACAACAAUCGUCCAAAGGGAGAUUCAACAGGAGGACUCAUUACUUUGGCAGCUGGACCAGGAAGUCUAGAUGGAGGUGUGAGCCCCAUGGUGAUUUUGGCCUGGCGGACAUGGAAGCUACGUCGCAAGGCUAUUGGUUCAAACGAUGCCGAGGUUCAGUCAAUCCUGGAAGCAGAAGACCACAACUUUCGCACGAGACUUCUUUGGACAGAACUUCACGGAGCCGGUGGUCACCUUGGACAACGACCUCGCAGGACAGACCUUGUUGAACUCCUAGAGCUACAAGCCGAGCGAGUUCGUGGAGUUCUGUGCACCGACUCCCGGGGCGGUUACGACGCAGUGGAACUGAACGAGAGUCCACUUCUGGGCUUGAGUAACAUGCGCUCAGCACUGCAAGCAUUUCAGCUCCGGGACAAUCUACAACGUGCAGGAUGCAAGUUAAGAUGGUUGGCUUCAGACUUUGACUUGGCCGAUGCGUUGACCAAGAAAAGGGAGGAAGCUCGACAAGGGCUACUGAAGAUGCUUCGCACCGGCUACUGGAGUAUCAGAUUUGAUCCUUCAUUUACGUCUGCUAAGAAAGGAAAGAAGCAGGGCAAAAGUGCUCUGGAAGCAGUCGAUCGUCAUGUUCUUAGGGGACGCCCUCGCCCGAGCCAUCACUGA